ACCUCUCUCACACCCUUACCAUGUUCCGCCUCGCUACCACCGCCGUGACCCCCCUUGCCCGGCGCACCCUCUCCACCACUGCUGGUGCCCUCACCGAGUACAAGUUCACCAAGGACCACCUCUACGUGGCACACACCCCGGGCUCGACAGUGGCCAAGGUUGGCCUUGCUCCCGCGGGUGCCAUCGCUCACGGUCCUGUGGCUUACGUCGCCCUCCCGGACCCCGAGUCGCAGGUCGAGGCGGGUGAGUCGGUCGUCUCGCUCGAGUGCUCGCUCUCGGCCAACGAGAAGGUCGCCUCGCCGGUCUCUGGCCACGUCCUUGCUCCAAACUACUCGCUGUUUGAGAACCCGUCGCUUGUCAACGACGAUCCGCUCGACGCUGGCCACUUUGUCGAGCUCCGCAUGACCGAGCCGACCCAGCUCGACUCGCUCCUCGAUGCCGCAGAGUACGAGGCCUACCUCGCCCAGCAGAGCUGAUUCCCUCCGCUCUCUUUCCCUCUCCCUCUCCCUCUCUCCCUCCCUUACCUCGCGGUCGGAUCAUCCCAUGUGACAAUGAACGCAGCCUCGGCCCGCGAGCACACCUUUGCUCAUAGGUCUGUUGGCUAGCUCGGAACCACCA